AUGGCGGGCGACGCCUCCCGCCACGGCGCCGGCGCCAGCUUCCUGGUCGAUGCCGCCGACCGCGACGGCGGCGGCGGCGGCGGGGGCCGCCGGCGCCGCAAGGCGGGGUCGAGCCAGCUGGCGGAGCUGGAGGCGAGCGGAGCCCUCAGCGAGCGGCGCGUCGGGGGCCCCGCGGCGCGCCUGCCGGCCGUAAUAGGCCAGGUGCGGCUGGCCGCCUUCCAGUCGGUGUUCCGCGAGCACGAGCAGCUGAGGCGGAAAGAGGCUGACCUCCUCGCGCUCGCAGACGGCGGGGAGGCAGGGGGCGGCGGGCACGCCGGCGACGGCGCCGACGGCGGCCGCGAGAGGGAGGGAUCCGAGGAGAAGGACGGGGUUCGCGGUGGCGGCGUCGGCGGCCUGUUUCCGGCGCCCGCGGGGUGGCUUGGGCCCGCCACGCAGCAGCUUCCGGCGCCGACGCACGCCGCGGUGGUCGUGAAAGAGGAGGUGAUCGACGGCCCCGCGCCCGCCGAUGCCGAUGGCUUUGCAGACACGCCGCCGGGCGCCGCGCGCCGCCGCAGCAGCGACGGCCCGGGCGGUGGGGGCGGCAGCGGCGGCGAGGCGGUACGGAUUGAGGUCGUGCUGCCGAUGGGCGCGGCAUCAUCGUCGGAUGGUGAGGCGAUGGAGAUUGACCCCGAGGACGCAGCCUUGUUUGGCAGCGGCGACGGCAGCGACGUCAGCGGCGACGAGGGCCGGCAACGAGGGGCUGGCGCGCCCCUCGGCGGGCGCCAGGUCCCAGCAGCCAUGAACGUCGGCGGCGGCGGCGGCGGUGGCGGUGUUUUAGAGACGAAACUUCGAAGCAUCGAGCAGGCGGCGGCCGCGGGGCCGGGUGGCAAGGACGAGGAGGAGGAGUGGGAGGAGGUCGCGCCCGGCGGCGCUUCCGGCGCCGGCGGCGCCGGCAGCGGCGGCGCGGGCGUCGAGGGGCAGCUGCCGCAGUGGAGGCAGCGGAUGAUGCAGCGCCACAGGUUCUGGUCCACUUCUCACGGCUUCAGGAUGGGCCGCAAGCUCGGCGACUGGGCGGCCGCGGAGCAAGCCGGCGCGCCCGCCGCCGCCGUCGCGCGCGGCGCGGCGCCGGCCGCGGCGCUCGUCGCCGGGCGGUCGCCUGUGAAGCAGGGCGGGGCGCGUUCGGGCCGCGGGGGCGCGGCGGCGGGCGGGCGCGGGGCGGCGGACGAGGGGGACGAGGCGGAGGAUGCGGACCUGAUGCGCGCGAUCGCUCUCAGCCUGGAGAGCGCGGGCGGCGCCAACGGCCACGACUCCGGCGGUGGAGGCGCGAUCGGCGGAGCAACUGCAGCUGCAGAGCUGGCGGCGGAGGGGGAGGAGGACGAGGAGGAGUGGGAGGAUCGGCCGCUUCCACUGCAGCAGCAGCAGCAGCAGCAGCAGCAGCAGCAGCAGCAGCAGCAGCAGCAGCAACAAUUCAAAAACAGCGAGGUUGAAGCGCGACCUGGUGCAUCACAGGACAUAUCCGCCGACGAGGGGGGCCAGCGCACCACAGGAGGCGCCCGAGUGGUGGAUGAAGGCGAGGAAGAGUGGGCGCAGGAGUGGGGGCGCAUCAGCAGCGGCAUCAUGGAAAGUGAUGACGCGGCCCGACGGGUCGGGCAGCUUGUGCAGCCGCUUGGCGUGCGAGCGCAUCACCAACAUUUGCCGGAGCAGCAGCAGCAGCAACAGCAGCAGCAGCCGGAGCCGCCGGAGCAGCACCUGGAGCUGUGGGAGCAGCAGGAGCAGCAGGACCGGCAGCAGGGGUUGGUCGCCAACGGCCACUCGGCGCUGCUGGAAGGGGUCCCCCCUGCCUCGGCAGCUGCGCUGAUAUCGCGGCUCAACAGGCACAGCGAGGCGCUGCUAGAGGCGGACCCAGGGGUAGAGGCGCGCGGGGCGGAGCGCCUGGGCAGCUUGCACAGGCAGCUGGCGGCGGCAGCGGCCGGCGGCGCGGCGCCGUCGGCGCGGGCGCCGGACGCCCUAGGUGCGGCGGCGCUAGGAAAGGCGGCGCUCGGGGAGCUGGGGGCAGGGGGCAGCGGCGGGGGAGCAAGUGGGGCUGAUGGCAGCGUGGUUGGCUCGGCAGGUGCCCUGGCCGAGGGCGGUGCGGAGGGCGGCCGCGCGCCCGGGCAGCCGUCGGCGCAGGCUGAGCUGGUGGGACGGCCGCCAUCUCAGCAGCAGCAGCAGCAGCAGCAGGGCGUGGUGACCGGCAUCAGGGCGCCGCGCGUCAGCGAGGACGACUUCAGCUUCGUGCUCGAGGCUCCGGCCGCAGCGGAGGCCACGCUUGCGAAGGCCGCCAGCUCUCGCCCCUUGUUACCAAAUGCCAGCGUGGCGGUGCGCGCGGCAGGCCCCCAUCUGCAGGAUCUACCUGGGCAGGAGGAUGGCUCUUUCUAUGCGCCCACGGUCGCCGACGACCACCCAGGGGGCGGCGCCGCUGUUGGGCCAUCAGCCGAGGUUGAGCCUGCCCUGGCUUUGGCGCCUGUGCAGGAGGCAGCGGCAGCAGAUGGGGUUGGUGAGGGUGGGCAUGCGGAGGUGGAGCGUUGGAGCACUGAGCGGCAACAGGCUCAGCUUGGCAAGAAGGACGAGGAGCAGCAGGAGCAGCAGCAGCCGGAGCAGCAGCAGCAGGAGCAGCAGCAGCAGGAGCAGCAGCAGGAGAAGCAGCAGGAGAAGCAGCAGGAACAGCAGCAGCAGCAAGUGCAGCAAGAGCAGCAACCCCUUGAGCAGCAAGGGGAGCAACCCUUCAAAGCAGCGGCACGCAAGCGCGUCAGAUUUGCACCUCGCAGCGCUGCACCACAGCCUGCAGCCGAGGCCCAGGUUCUCGGCGGCUCAGAGUCGAGCGCCGCCGCGGCUCCUGAUUCGCCGCCCACGUCUGCUCGUCAGCCGCAGGCGCAACAUACUGCUGACGCGGAGGUCACGGAUGCCAUAGAACCGCAUUCGCAGCAGCAACAGCCCCAACAGCUGCUGCUGCCGAUGCCGCAGGCCGAGGUGCCGAAAUCUGCGGCGGUGCCGGCCCAGCAGCAGCAGCAUCCGCCGCAGCCGCAGCAGCAGCAGCAGCAGCAGCAGCAGCAGCAGGCGCCGCCCCCCCAGAUCGAUCUGGAGGCCGAGCUGGAGGCACUCGAUGCUCAAGACGCCUCCCUGCGCGCGCAGCAGCGCAAGGCGGCGCGCUCCGCCGAGGCGCCGACCGCCGACAUGUACGCCGAGUGCCAGGAGCUGCUGCGGCUGUUCGGCCUGCCCUACAUCGUGGCGCCGGUGGAGGCGGAGGCGCAGUGCGCGUGGCUGGAGGGGGCGGGGCUGGUGGACGGGACGGUGACGGACGAUAACGACGUGUUCCUGUUCGGGGGGCGGCACGUGUACAGGCACCUGUUCGACGACAAAAAGUAUGUCGAGGAGUUCCACAUGUCUGACGUGGAGCGGGAGCUGGGCCUGGGCAGGGAGGCCCUCGUCACGCUGGCGCUGCUGCUGGGCAGCGACUACACAGAGGGCUGCCAGGGUGUGGGCAUCGUCAAUGCAGUGGAGGUGGUCCACGCCUUCCCGGGCCUGGACGGCCUCGCCCGCUUCAAAGACUGGGUGCGCGCGCCAGACGUGCGCGGCCUGCUGGAGGACGCGCGCGCCAAGGCGGCAGGCAAGGCGGCCGCGCGGGGGCGCGGUCGCGGGCGGCGCAAAGGCGGCAAGGGCGGCGAGGGGGCGGAGGGAGCGGAGGGGCAGCAGGAGCAGGACGAGCAGCAGCAGCAACAGGAGCAGCGGCAGUCGCAGGGUGAGCAGCAGGAGGGGCAGGAGCAGGAGCCGGAGCAGCCCGGCGGCCUCAGCGCCGACCAGAGGGUCUUCUUCGCCGCCCACGCGGGCGUGCGGCGCAACUGGCAGGUGCCCGCGACCUUCCCCUCGCCGGCGGUGGUGGCGGCCUACCUGGACCCGCGGGUCGACCCCAACAAGGCGCGCUUCAGCUUCGGGCGGCCCGACCAUGAGGCGCUGCGCGAGUUCUGCUG